AGUGCGUCAUGUCCUUUCGCUUCAAUACAUCCGCGAUUUACUCUGCUCUUUGAAGUUAUGAUCAUAUCGAGGCUUUAAGAAGUUUAUCAGGCUUUAACAGCGUCUCUGCUGGAGGUUAUUAAAUGGUAUUUUGGGGUGUUGAAGCCCCUGGUUUUAAUGAAAUGGUCUCCCCUUGGAUUGUUCAUAUACACCGGGCAUUAAUAAUUCCAUUUAAACAUAAAUCUCAGUCACAGACCGAGGUAGCUGCCAGUUGGUGAUGUGCUGUUACUAAUCCCCGCUGUGGAGCAAAUACACCUCUGGACGAAAGGAGGAUGCAGUGCCAGCCUCCACACAGGAGGAGGCACUGCUGCUAGAAGAAGAGAGGGUGCUUGGAGUGAACAAAUCAGGCCAUGGAUGACUUUAAUGCACGUACCUAUGGCACAAGUGGCCUGGAUGACAGACCUCUGUUUGGGGAGACCUCAGCGAGGGAUAGGCUCAUCAAUAUAGGAUUUGGGGGAAUUACAUCUCUACUUGUGAUAGUGACCAUCAUUAGUUCUUUUGUAUUUCCCUCUCUACCACCAAAGCCACUGAACAUUUUCUUUGCCAUCUGUAUCUUGCUGGUGUGUGGCUCAGUGAUAGUUCUGAUCUUCUGGUACAGACAAGGAGAACUGGAGCCCAAGUUUCGCAACCUUAUCUACUACAUGCUCUGUUCUAUUAUCUUGCUAUGCAUUUGUGCCAACUUGUACUUUCACGAUGUGGGACGUGACAAACAGAGCAAUGCCUUAUGACAGGAACAUGAACUUUUUACACAGUAGAGGAACGUUCCUGUCCACAUGGGUCGACCAGAAUGCCACAUUUACAACUUGAGUUCUUAAGUAAGGGUUUUAAAAUGAAGUCUUGAAGAAAAAAAAAAAAAGGAGAAGCAUUCCUUCCUACAGCCCCUUGGGGGACAGGGCCAGUCUGCCUUUGGAAGCUUUCUGAAGUGGACCAAUGUAUCAUAGAUGCAAAAAUAUGCAUAAAUCAAUAGCACUCUGGGAGCUUAUGCAGGUAUUUUGCACCCUGAUUUCUGUACACAGCUUGCAUAGCUAUAUAUGCCAAUGUAAUUGCAGGAGUUCUUAAAUAAGCCAUGGUUAUGCUGCAUAAAGCUUUUAUAUUUGUUGUACAUAAAACAAGAAACUUACAUUCCCAUUUGAGAUUACAUGCAAUAUUGAUUAUGGGGUGGGGAAGCAGUCUUGAAGUCAUAGCACUUAUGAAAACAGACUUUCUGUUUCUAAAUCACCAAACACUGUGUUAUUUGAUAUGCUAAAAAUCAAUGAUUGUUAAUAUAAGUUCAGAUAAUGUGCAUUUUCAUGUACAAAAUAAAUAUGUAUUAUCAUUG